AUGGGCAGCACCGAGGGCUUUCAGUACCGUGCACUCUACCAGUACUGCAAAGAGCGCAACGAGGACAUCGACCUGCUCCCCGGGGACAUCCUGGUGGUGAGCAAAGGGGCCCUACAGGCUCUGGGCUUCAAGGAUGGAGACGAGCAGACGCCCAACCAGAUCGGGUGGAUCCCGGGCGUCAAUGAGCGCACCAAGCAGAAAGGGGAUUUCCCUGGCACCUAUGUGGAGUACAUUGGGCCCGUGAAGAUCUCCCUCCCUUCCCACAGACCCAGGGUGCAGAGACCCCUGCCAGCGACUCCUGGGGCCAGCACCUCCCGCAUGCAGGAGGCGCUGGAGCAAGGUUGGCUCCUCCCAGACCUGGUGGAGCAGUUCACCCCCCCUGAAGUCGCACCCCCACUUCUGCUGAGGCUGGUAGAAGCCAUUGAGAAGAAAGGCUUAGACAGUGAGAUGUUAUACAGGACGUCUGGCUCGGAGUUGAGACAAGCACUGAAGACCGAUUGGGUGCUGGGUGACGUGGAGCCGCUCGACGUGCAUUCCCUGGGCGAGGCGCUGCGGGGCUUCCUGCAGGACCUGCCUGCUCCCGUGGUCCCGUCGUUGGUGCAUGGCGAGAUCCUGCGCAUCCUGCAGGAGAUCCCGCAGCCAGAGAGCUGCAGGAAGCAGCUGCUGCUGGCGCUGGAGUCUCCUGCGGUCCCUCUCCAGAACCUGCUCACCUUGCAGUUCCUGCUCCGCCACCUGGGAAAGGUGUCCCAGCAGGCCGAGAGCAACGGGCUCCACCCUCGGGCCCUGGGCGAGAUCUUCGGCCCUCUGCUGCUCCGGCUACCUGGCACCAGUGCAGAGCUGAGCCCCGAUUUCUCAGGGCUCUUCCUGGAGACGCUUCUGCAGGCGAAGGACUCGGAGCCGGAACAAGUGCCGCCAGCUCUGCCGCCGAAGCCCUCGAAGCCGAAGCCCGGUGGAGCCAGCCUGGCCAAUGGGAGCAGUGCGCCCCUGCAGGAGGCGGAGUGGUACUGGGGCGACAUUUCCAGGGAGGAGGUGAACGAGAAGCUGCGCGACACGCCGGAUGGCACCUUCCUGGUCCGCGACGCCUCCAGUAAGAUCCAGGGGGAGUACACGCUCACGCUGAGGAAAGGUGGCAACAACAAGCUGAUCAAGAUCUUCCACCGGGAGGGGAAGUACGGCUUCUCGGAGCCCCUGACCUUCGGCUCCGUGGUGGAGCUCAUUAACCAUUACCGGCACGAGUCGCUGGCCCAGUACAACGCCAAGCUGGACAGCAAGCUGCUCUACCCCAUCUCCAAGUACCAGCAGGAUCAGCUGGUGAAGGAGGACAGCGUGGAGGCCGUGGGGGAGCAGCUGAAGGUCUAUCACCAGCAAUACCAGGACAAGAGCCGGGAGUACGACUUGCUGUACGAGGAGUAUACGCGCACCUCGCAGGAGCUGCAGAUGAAAAGGACGGCGAUUGAGGCCUUCAACGAAACCAUCAAGAUCUUCGAGGAGCAGUGCCAGACGCAGGAGAGGUGCAGCAAGGAGUACAUCGAGCGCUUCCGGCGGGAGGGCAAUGAGAAGGAGGUGCAGCGGAUCCUGAUGAACUCCGAGAAGCUGAAGUCGCGCGUCACUGAGAUCCACGACAGCAAGAUGAAGCUGGAGCAGGACCUGAAGAAACAGGCCUCGGAGAACCGGGAGAUCGACAAGCGCAUGAACAGCCUCAAGCCGGACCUCAUGCAGCUGCGCAAGCUCCGGGACCAGUACCUGGUGUGGCUGACGCAGAAAGGGGCCCGGCAGAAGAAAAUCAACGAAUGGCUGGGCAUCAAGAACGAGACCGAGGACCAGUAUUCCAUGAUGGACGAUGAGGAGGAGCUGCCGCACCAUGAGGAGCGCACCUGGUACGUGGGGAAAAUCAACCGUGUGCAGGCGGAGGAGAUGCUGUGUGGCAAGCGCGACGGCACGUUCCUGAUCCGCGAGAGCAGUCAGAAGGGCUGCUACGCCUGCUCUGUGGUGGUGGACGGCGACACCAAGCACUGUGUGAUCUACAAGACGGUGACCGGUUACGGCUUUGCCGAGCCCUACAACCUGUACGCAUCCCUGAAGGACCUGGUUCUGCAUUACAAACACAUGUCCCUGGUGCAGCACAACGACUCCCUGAAUGUCACGCUGGCUUACCCGGUCCUCUCCCAGCCACCUGCCAGAUGAGCCACUGACGCAGAGCACAAUGGCUGCCGCCACCUCCU